UUCCCUCUCAGUUCGCCUACGCAGCGCUGCGGUGACACACAGAGUCUCCGAGCCGAGCUAGGCGCACUUUUCCCCGGGUAAAAGCUCUCGCUGGCUGCCUGCUUCGCGAGAUCCGCGCGGCAGUCAUGGCGGGGGCGCCGCUAGCCCAUUUCGACGAGGACUGGCAGGACUUUUACGAAUUCAAGCCGUCGUCCGCCGCCGAGCUGGACCAGCUCAACUCCAAUGUGGCCGAGUACCCGUCGACGGGCCUGGACGACUUCUCCGACCUGGACAACAGUUUCUCGGGGGAGAUUUGCAGCUUCAAGUCGAUGGAAGACCUCGUCCACGACUUUGACGAAAAGCUGACCGUGUGCUUCCGAAACUACAACACCGCUACGGAGCACAUAGCGCCCAUUAAACCCAUCACGGAGGAUAAUUACUUGAAAGACGACGAGGUAUGGAACACUCUGACUGACAACUAUGGCAACGUGAUGCCCGUUGACUGGAAGACGUCACACACCCGCUCCCUCCACCUGCCCACACUUAACCUCAACGAGCACAAGAAGUUAGACAACCAGUCUUUGGAUCUGUCAGAUGACGAGGAGCUGAGGGAGCAGAUGGAUAUGCAUUCCAUCAUUGUGUCCUGCAUCAAUGAUGAGCCACUCUUCACUGCCGAGCAGGUGAUCGAGGAGAUAGAGGAGAUGAUGCAAGAGUCUCCCGACCCUGACGACGACGAAAGCCCCUCCCAGUCAGACCUGUCCAUGCUAUCUACUGACGUCCACGGCCUGAAGCGCUCCGGUUCCGAUACCAGCUAUGAGGAUCGGUUGCGUCAGCUGUCUGUGUCGGAGCUGACGGAGACUCUGGAGGAGGUGGAGACGGCCAUUGGUAGCUACAGCGAAGAGCUCAUUCAGGCUCUGGCCCUGCGAGAUGAGCUGGAGUACGAGAAAGAGGUGAAGAACAGCUUCAUCUCACUGCUCAUUGACGUACAGAACAGACAGAAGGAGCACCGCGAGCUGCUGCGUAAGAAGAAGAAAAUUCGCAGCACGACUUCCACCACCGGAGCCAACGGCCAGAGAACCACCAGCACACACGUCCAUGGCACGCUCCUCACUCUGGAGGGACUCUCCAAUGUCAUUCAAAAUGGCCUCCGCCAAACUUUUGGCACCGCAGGAGGGGACAAACAGUACCUGACAACAGUCAUCCCCUAUGAGAAGAAAAUGGGCUCCCCUUCAGUGGAAGACCUCCAGAUCCUAUCAAAGAUCCUUCAUGCCAUGAGGGAGGACAGCGAGAAGGUACCGGCCUCCUCACAGACUACAUUCUCAAAGCCCUGGUAUGAGAGCGCAGGACGCUGAGUUCUUUGUCCCACGUAAAUCUCCAAAGGAGUGACAUCGGGCUGAAUCUUGGAUAACUUUUUAACACAGACUUUCUUACCUUUUUUGCAUUUUUACCUGGACUCUACUUUCCUCACGUUUUAACCAUCAAACCUGACUUCUCCAUGGAUGCCGCUGAGCAGUAUUAUUAGUCUUCACACCUCCAUGUGACUCUUAAUAUUAUUCCACUGGCUUCUCCAGCAAGGGAAAUGGGGCUUUUGUCCUCAAAGAAGGGAAACAAGCGCUGGCGAGAGAGCUCUCCAUGGCGGUAGAGGGACAACAACUCCAGCUAAAGCUCUACGUGUUAGCCUCCCACAUCGCACUUUGCUCGCUAAUGGCUGAAUGUUGACAUGAGAUCAUUUGUCCGCCUCUCAAUUGAAAUAAGGGAAAGGACUUUGAGUAUGAGCCGAACGAACAAGAAUAGUGAACUCGUGCCCAUUUUACCUCCAGCAUUGUGUUAGCUAGCUAGGCUUGCCUGAGACUACGUAGCGUUGUUAAGUGUUUAGUCAUUCAGAUUUCCCAACUUGUGUUUGUUGCAUCUUCAGACAUAAUUGUAGUGAUCAGCUUAUGCAGUACAUGUAUUUGUUAGCGUCAGGCAAGCUGUUGGUAGCACUUCGUGUUGGCAUGAUGUCUGCAUUUUACCCAUCGUCACCAGUGAUGACGCGUAUCGUAAGAACAGCAUUUUGCUAACUUUCCGCUAACACGUUAAGUUGUUGUAGCUUGCCACCUGAAGGGCAGCUUUUGUUUCUCCUGUUUAAAGGGACAGUCCACCAACAAUACAAUACAUUUUUUUGAACUUGUUAAAACACACUACUCUGGCAACUAAAAGCCAGAUCAAUUGCACUUUCAGGUACAAUGUUUUAACUUAGCAUUACGGUGUUGUGAUCCUUGUGGGUGGAGCUUAAAGUAAGAUGCUAAUGUUUACGUUAUGGAGAAAAGGGGGCAUCUGUGGAAAUAGAACGGUGUGCUUUUAAACAUUUGAAACAAAGACAAAAGGAUAGCGUUUUAUAGAUUUAUUUUUACAUAAACUGUGAUGUGCUGCCUCCACUUUAUGAACCUCCUGUUGAUUAAAAUAGAUUCUGAUGACUUGAGGCUGGAAUUUUAAGUCUUAUCUAGCAAAAAAAAAUUAUCGAUUUAGUGUAAUCAGCAGAUACCGCGCACACAAACAUAUUUUUAUUCCAUUUGAAAACAGGAAAUGUGGUUUUCUACCAAUCAGUGUAACUGCAAUUUUAGAGAUUUAUAUUUAUAUACAACACAAAAACACACAAUAAAAGAGACUGCCUUUGUAAAAAUGUUGUACAUGAACUCCUUUUAAUUGUUGUAUUGUUAUAGAAUUCCGACCCGUUUGGGAUUGUAAUGUUUACUCUCACGUGGUACUGCAGUAUCUUAAUUUAUUGUUACUGUUUUUGUUUAUUUUGUUACCAUUCAGUCCACUCUAGAGGUUGAAAAGUGUUUUGUGGCCACAUUGCACCUCAUUUCAAAUAAAUGAAUAAGUGAAAGAAGA